AUGUCUUUCUCCAACACUUCCACCGGCGAUAAGCCUGCCGAUCCCUACAAACAGGCAAACAAGUCCGACCCCGACUUGAAGACCAAAGUUGAAGAGUUGAAAGAAUUCAUGGUCAAUAGCAAAUUUGGCAUGUUGACCACCCACGAGGCAACAUCUGAAAAUCUCGUGUCACGAUGCAUGGCCCUAGCAGCUACUGAAAACGGCGGGAUUGACUUGCUAUUUCACACCAAUACUGAAUCAGGGAAGACAAAUGAUCUUGCGGUUGAUUCACACGUGAACAUCUCGUUCCUAAACUCAUCUGGGGAAUGGGCCUCCAUUGCGGGCAACGCGAGUAUCAUCACAGACCGUGCUUUUGUGAAAGAUCACUAUAGCCCAAUCCUGAAAGCAUGGCUUGGGGACCUGGGCGACGGCGUUCAUGAUGGCUCAGAAAACGACCCUCGCAUCGGAGUCAUUCGGGUGAAAACUAUCACGGCGACAUAUUCCCUGACUGCCAAGAACAUUGUCAACCGUGCGAUUGAGGUAGCUACGGGUGCGAUCACAGGAAAGCCGGCCCAACCCAACAGCCUUAGGGAGUUGAGCGCUGCGGAGGUUCAACAAUGGCGAGCCGUCAAUCAGUGA